AUGGUGAGGGGUUCACUAUGGUCACAAAAAAAAGCUGGAAAUGCAGGGACUGCUACUGUGAAGGGGUACGGUACAGGUGAUAUUCAUCCCAAUGUUUCUGGAAGCAAAGGUAGUAAUUGGAAUGGAGGGAAUAACAAAAGAGGAAUCUAUAAUAGUGUUAAUAAGGGUAAUAAAGGUUGGAAUAACAGAAGUCAUAGUGGGAAUUGGAAUAGGGGGAGUGUUAGCCAUUGGAAUCAUCAAAAGAAACACGAGUUUGUUGCUGCAAAUAAUAAAUCUUUCAUUGUAGAUAAGCAGGGGCAUAAUGGGAAAGAGAAUAAGCAGGGGCAGUCUUCUCCUGAUUCUAUGGAAAAGAUAUCAGCAGAAUCCUGUCCUACUUCUGAUCUGUUGGUCAAUAAUUCUGACAGUGGUCAAACUGAGGCUAUAGAAUCUAAGUGUGAUACCAGGGUGAAUUCCAAUCUUGAGAACCAUGAUUGUUUAAAUCCUAUGAAUGACAUCCUUGAGCUUAGAGAAGUCAAGAAACAUGGGAGAAAAGAGAGAAGGCACAAGGAAGCCCAGGAUGUGCUUGCAGCUGCAACUACUGCUGCUGCAGCUUCUUCCAGGCUUUCAUCUUUUAGGAAAGAUACACUUGAAGAAUCCGCUCACCAUGAAGUAGUUGACUCUCAUUUUGUUAGAUAA